ACAUCCUUAUCUCUAAUCAAUGUUAUUAUUUUGGUACCUACCUAUUGGAAAAUAAAAACGUUUCGAUGUUUUUAUAAAAGAAAAUCAUAAAUAAAAUAUUUAGUCUUAUUUUCUAAGUUAAAAUUAAGUUACUAUUGUAUAUAAGAAAGUUAAUACAGUUAUGAAUAAUGGCAGAUUUAAAAAUAUGCAGGAUAUGCUUACGAACCGAAUCAAAGGUUUAUAAUUAUGAUCAGUAUCAAUUAAAAUCUUAUUACGAAGAAGUUUUAGCUUUAAAAGUAAAUGAAUUUGAUAAUCUACCUCAUUAUUUCUGCUUUGAAUGCGCUAUGCAGUUGCACAAAUUCCACAAGUUUAAAGAAAAGAGUUAUUGCGGACAAAAAAUAUUAAGAGAUAUGUUAAGGAAAGGCCCGAUCACUUAUGAAUCAAUUUAUAAAAUAAACAGAGCAGAUCUGAACCUAGAAUCUCCAUUACGAAGAGUCACAUUUACAAUUAUUAAACCAUUUACCACAAACAAUAUAAAAGAAGAAUUAAAAAAUGACAAUAGAAUAGAAAACGUAAAAUUCGUAAAUGAAGAUUAUUUUAUUGAAGAUGUUGACGAUAUAAUCGAUCCAAAGACGGAGACCAGUCCGAAUAUAAAAAAUGUAAAAUGUGAACCAAGAUUAGCAAAUAUAUCGUUGGAAAUUGUUGAUGAUUCUUAUAGCGUUGAGGAUCAUUAUGACGUUGAACCCGUCGAUACAGUAAUAGAAAAUGACGUACAUACAGAUAUACAGACCGAUAUCAUUGGUAAAGCUAAAGAUUUUAAGACGAAGGAUAAAUUUAAGAGGAUUAAUUUAAUGGACCGUAACAAUUGGAAGAGAAUUGAUUUGACUGAAGAGCAAGCUGUGCAGGAACACCGAGCGAAAGCAGAUGAUGAGAAAUAUAAAUCUGCCGCGUUCAAAUGUUCAGAUUGUUUCAAAGGGUUCUCUAAAGAGGAAAUGUUGAAGAGACAUAAUAAAUUGAGACAUGGAGAGUCGAUCGGGCAGUUCGAGUGCCGCUUCUGCCGAACCCGUUUCCGCUGGAAGUGCGACCUGCGCAAGCACCUGCGCGCGCACUACACGCGCUACCUGUGCCUGCGCUGCCGCCUCGUGUGCCCCGUCGAAAAUACAGCAAUCCUCCAUGAGCAGUAUCAUAGUGGUGUCGUCAGAAAAUGUGAAUACUGCAAUGAAGAAUUUAGGCAUUCCUCAACUUACUACACACACUUGCGCACGCACAGAAGUGAGUAUGUGUGCACUCUAUGUGGUUCGUCGUUUGUAAGUGAAGCGGGUCUACACCAGCACAAACGCAUCAAACACUGCACAAAUGAUAUUGAGAGUCCGGAUGACGAUGAAGACGUGAACACGUUUUGUUCGCGCUGCGAUAUCCGCUUCGAGACGAGGAAGGCGUAUGAGGAACAUCUGUUUCACUCCGCGCUACAUGCCGAAGUUGUUGUAGAAGGUAUACAGAUAGAUAAUCAACCACGGAAGAUAUUGGGGAAGAAAAUGCAAGACAAGAUUACAAGUCUAUUGAAAUCGCGAAAGUUCGAGAAGGUGCCAAUCAAACCAGAAAUUAGAAGAAACAAGAAGAUUAGAAGAAAAAAGACUAAACCUACAACAUGUCACCAAUGUGGCAAACAUUUCGAUACUCAAGCCGCCUGUCUAAAACAUCACCUAGCAGAGCAUCCCGGUACUUCCUUCUGUCCGCCCAACGAGAGGCACAUCUGUGAGAUCUGCGGAGCUUCGUUAGCGCCGGGCAGCGUGGCGGUUCAUCAAAACCUCCACACGCGCGAAAAAGUGCACGCGUGCGACACGUGCGGCCGCCAGUUCCUCUCCAACAUCGGCCUCAAGCGACACAUGCUGACUCAUACGGGAGAAAAACCGUUCGCCUGUUCGUUAUGCGACAAAAGAUUCACGCAGAGCAACAGUAUGAAGCUCCACUACAGGACGUUUCAUUUGAAACAGCCUUAUCCCAAAAGAAAUAGAAGAAAAAAGAUAGAAGAUAAAAAGCUUACAUCUGAAGAGUGUAGCGAUGGAAGUAACACGCCAAAGAAAGUUCUAGAACAGAAGACAGAAGCAGUAGUUAGUGAACAAGUGAACGCCGAGUCGAUUGUAAUCGCUCAGAACGAAAUUGAUUACUUGACACUUGGCUACCAGAAGUAUUAACUCUAAGAUAAGAACUAUACCAUUGUAAAUUCAAAACUCUCUAUAAUUCCAAGUAAUUGUGUAUUGAAAUAUUAAACAAAAUGUUUA